GAUCACGGCUGCGCACAGCGGGACGAGCAGGGAAGAAGAUCCCCCCGGUACAGCGGCUGGGAUUCCUCACUGCAAAGAAAAGUACGGGAAUCGGAGCUCCGACUGCCGGGGAGAGGCGCGCGAACGGCCCGGUGACUCGCGGGUGGUUGUUUGGCCGGAGUGAGACAGGCGGAGCAAGGCACGGAAGGGGAGACGCAGGGAGACAGAUGGGAAGAUGGAGACCCCAGUGUGAACAGCUAGCUCACCAAAGUUAAACAAAGCUUGGCUCGGGUAAGCUAAGCUAGGAAACUUCCAUAACCAUGGCUGACAGGCUGUUUAGUUUUUCAGCCAACAGGCGCAUUGUCGCAGGGCUGCUGGUCAACCUGCUGUCCUCCAUUUGCAUUGUCUUCAUCAACAAGUGGAUCUAUGUACACUAUGGCUUCCCCAACAUGACCCUGACCCUCGUUCACUUUGUGGUCACCUGGCUGGGACUCUACAUCUGCCAAAAAAUGGACGUUUUCUCCCCAAAAAGCCUCCCGGUUCGUAGGAUUGUGUGGCUGGCCCUGAGCUUCUGCGGGUUCGUGGCCUUCACCAACCUUUCCCUGCAGAAUAACUCGAUAGGCACGUACCAGCUGGCUAAAGCCAUGACCACACCCGUCAUCAUCCUCAUCCAGACCACCUACUACAAGAAGACCUUCUCCACCAAGAUCAAACUGACACUGGUGCCCAUAACAUUAGGGGUGAUAUUGAACUCAUACUAUGAUGUGCGGUUCAACCUGCUGGGGACAGUGUUUGCCGCGCUGGGUGUUAUGGUGACAUCACUUUACCAAGUGUGGGUUGGGGCUAAGCAGCAUGAGCUUCAGGUGAACUCCAUGCAGCUUCUGUACUAUCAGGCUCCCCUGUCAUCAGGUUUCCUGGUCUGUAUUGUUCCUUUCUUUGAGCCGCUGACUGGAGACGGAGGAAUAUUUGGACCCUGGUCCCUGCCUGCUCUGGUGACAGUUCUGUUCUCAGGUUUGGUGGCGUUCUUGGUCAACCUGUCCAUCUACUGGAUCAUUGGAAACACGUCAGCUGUCACCUACAACAUGUUUGGUCAUUUUAAAUUCUGCAUCACCCUGAUUGGAGGAUACCUGCUCUUCCAUGACCCGCUGUCACUCAACCAAGCAUUGGGGAUCCUCUGUACUCUGGCAGGUAUCCUGUCAUACACUCACUUCAAGCUGGUCGAACAGGAGGAGGGGAAGAGCCGCCUGGCUCAAAGACCAUAGGGUGACUUACCUCUCAAUCAACUGCACGAACUCCUGCCAUUGGCUGCCCACAGUGUGACUGGCGGCAGAAACCUCCUUAUAUAUUUUUAUAUUUUAUUAUGAGUAUUUUUUAGGAGAGUAAAGAAUUUAACCAUGGUUCCCAGACAGGAUAAAUGUGUACGACAUGCUGCUGUUUGCGGCGUGCUGUCGACAGGUUGAAUCAAAAGGAGACUACAGGGUGGGCACAGUUAUGGACUGUGAAAAACCCUUUGAGCAAGGCACCAAACCGGUGGCAGGCGCUGCCUUGAAAACAAUAUAAUAAAAGUAAUCAUAUGAGUAAAAUAAUAAUAGUAAUUUUUGUUGCUAGUUCAGUUCGUCCAGCAGAAAACAAAGGCAGCUCAACGCACGCGCCCGAAGCGAAAUAUUUCAACACAGUACAUCCUCUUCCGCGUGUUUAUGCUUUUAGAUACUCAGACCGGCUACAAUGUUGAAAAAUGUUCACAUCUGUGAAAGCAGGCAUCAAGGCAGAAGAAGUGGAUGAGAAUCUCUUAAUAACCAAGCCUACUGGAUUUGUUUAGGCAAACUGUAUGUACCUGCUGUUUCUCUUUUCCCAUAAACCCCCUCUAUAAGGCCUUAUCUGUAAGGGAUUUGUCAUUGAAUGUAAACAUUUUUGCUUUAACUUUACAGUAAAUA